AUGGGACCCUCCUUGGAGAGGGAUGCGCCCCCGGAGGCGGAAGAGGAUGCGGCUCACUACGGGCGCCGACUUGAAGUGCAACGGGCAUUCAACUUCUCUCCCUCGGUUCUGAAAGAGGAGAAAUGUCCCGUGCGCGGAAAGGAAGCUGAGAUUGUACCCGCAGGGUUGGGAUCGAGUGUGCUCUUCGCUUACCCGGAGCUGGCCACCAUCACCGGUGUGCAAGGUGUCAUCGUCUACGCCUUGUCCUCCUCCUUGCCGCUGCUCAUCUUUGCGGCUCUCGGCAGCAUCAUCCGCCGGAAGACCCCCGAAGGUUUCGUGCUCACGGAAUGGACGCGCCAGCGCUAUGGCACCGCAGCCAUGCUGUACCUCAGCGCUGCGACGCUCUUCACCCUCUUUCUGUACCUGACGGCAGAACUCUCUGCCAUUGGCCAGGUCGUGACGACCUUGACGGGCGUCAACCAGCUGCCCGUCAUGCUUGUCCAGGUUGCCGUCACCACCAUCUACACGUCUUUGGGAGGAUUCAAGAUAUCCUUUGUCACAGACAACAUCCAGGGAGGCAUGGUCAUCUGCCUUAUUGUCAUUGCUGCCGCCACCAUUGGUGCGCUGACCGACAUUGACACCUCCUUGAUCCGGGAGUCAGAAUUUCUCAAGCCCACCCUCCUUGGCUGGCAGCUUCUGUACAUCCUGCCCGUCUGCAUCCUCACGAACAACUUCUUCCUGUCCAACUACUGGCUGCGCGCUUUCGCUUCCAAGACUGACAAGGACCUUUGGAUCGGCGUGUCCCUCGCGACCACGGUUAUUCUUGGCUACUUCCGGCUCGGUUGCCUUCUUCAUUCUCCUGGAUCGUCUCCGUCCUGGGUCAUUGGGGUUGUGCUCGUCAUGGUCGUCACAAUGUCCUGCUCCGCCUUUGACACCCUCCAGUCAGCCAUGGUCUCGUCAGCGUCCAACGAUCUCUUCCGCAACCGCCUGAACAUUUGGUGGAUUCGUGCCGGCAUUCUGCUGAUCAUCAUUCCUGCCAUCGUCAUUGCCCUCGAGGCCCCGUCCGUCCUUCAGAUCUACCUCAUCUCGGAUCUCGUCUCCGCCUGCAUCGUGCCCGUGCUCUGCAUUGGCCUCUCAAACAAGUGCUACUGGUGGCGUGGCUUCGAGGUCAUUGUCGGCGGACUUGGUGGCAUCCUCACAUCGUUCCUCUUUGGUGUCAUCUACUACGAUGGAGACGUUCAUCGUGCCGGCAACCUUCUCCUCAUCUCUGAAGGUCUCUACGCUGAUGACUGGAGCGUCUUUGGCGUCUUUGUGGCGGCUCCUGUCGGUAGCAUCGUGUGGGGCUUUGCCGCCCUUGCGUGCCGCCUGUCGUUCCAGUACAUCCAGGCCAAGCGCAGUGGCUGCCGCUUCGACGCCCUUGACCGGCCGUACGGCCCCGGCUUCGGCCCCAGCCCUGAGGAACAGGCUCACUACCGCCAGAGCGGCUCUGGCGACGACGUUGCCGACGUCAGCUCGGAGCACGAGCAGGCCGGAUCCAAGCCUGCCGGCAAGUUCUUCUGA